AUGAAGCCUUUAUCUUUCCACAUCAUCUCUGACAAGACUCUGCUGAGUGUCUUCCUGACUCUUCUCUGGGUAAGUUUUUCUGUAAGCUUAUAUGUCAGUAGUCCUCAAAUAAUGAAUGAUCAAUCCAGUGAAGAGGGUAACCCUCAACAGAAGGAGACUAAACCACAGUUAAGAUUCCCCUCAUGAUACCACUCAUGACAAAGUUUAGACAAUAGAAUCAGUUGUUUGGAAUAUAAGUAGCCUAAUUACAUAAAAGCAGACUUCCUUAACCUAAGGACGAUGGAUUUUUUUCAGAUUGUGAAUUAGUUGCAUGAGAAUUUAUUAUUUUUCAGCAGGAAAUGGCUUUGAAUAAAACAUUAACAAAAGCUGUGCAUUCAGCAUUAAUAAUUAAUCUUUAAUUUUAGACAGCGUUCCGUGAUUUGAAGUUUUUAUACCAGUCCUUGCUUUUUGAGAGGAAAAAAAGUUACAAGUUUGUAGUUAUAAUUUGGUAAAAAAGUGUAGGUCUUAGGAGAUGUAUUUUGUCAGCAUGGUCCAAAAAUAUCUGAACUCGAUAAAUGGGACUUUCUGUCAUUUUGACAGACAGUGGUUAGCAGUAGCUUCUGUGUCACUCUUUUGCCAACUUCUUUUAAUUUUGUAUCUGGGGUGUUUUAACUUUAACAUGAUAAUUUAGAGGCCGAGGUAAAAUAAAGACAUUUCUGAAACAAUUUCAAGAAUUAUUUUGUGGUCAAUUGUACAUUCAAGGUCACAACAACAAAUAUAUGUUUCUGUUAGAGGAUUUAAAAACCUGCCAAUAAGCCUGUUCACUUUUGAACAGGAUUGAACAUUAUAACAGGGUCAAACACCUCUAAAUAGUAGUGUUGUCCUAAACUUUGACAUAAGUUGACAUUUAAAGGUUGGUAGAUAGAGUAUGAUAUGAACAUUGCAUGGUAUAGUGACAAUUCUUGAAGACACAGAGAAUUUACACUGAAGUUUUCCCAACCUUGUAGACUGUAUAGACCAAUGAAUGUGUCUGCAACACUGGGACUGUUUUAGUUUUACAGUGUUUAAUUUUGUCUUUAGGGUGUCGCUGACUCUAAUGCAGAAUCGACACCAGGCACAUCAUCAACCACAGCGGUAACAACAGCACCGAUAUCUGCAGUUUUAACUGCACUCGAACGUAAGUGAGAAUUAUGUGAACAACCAUCAUGAAUAGCCACAAUGUCAUUAAUGUUAGUGAUUGAUAUUGGGUUUUUUUUCUCUUUCUUACAGCUAUGCAACUGUUUGUAGCCCCAGAUAAUGUCAGGAGCAUUAGAGUGACAGAUAAAACUGAGAACAGUAUAACUCUGGAAUGGGACAAAGUCAAUAACAUCCCGUCCUACUUUGUUCAAUAUCAACACAACGGCGACAAGGAGGUACUCAUUAAUGAUACCAGCACAGAGACAACAAUUUCACAUGUAGUCACUGACCUGACAGCUGGGACAAAAUACAACUUCAUAGUCAUCACUACAUUAAAUGGAGCCAGCAGCACUGGAACAAUAAAGGAAACGUUUACCAGUAAGUAACACUUGAUACACUGCUUUCAUAUACAACAUUCACAAUAGAUGCCAUUUAUGAGAUAUUCAAAAUAAAAUUUGCAUUAGAGAUUGUAUACAAAACCAAAGAUACAAUAGAGAUUUGAUGAUUUCAUCCAUUCAGGGGAACUAACUAACUUUUUAUGUAUCCUAGGGCCUCGUAAUGCGAACGAUUUUAAAUACAUAGAUCAAAGUGAGACUAGUAUAACUCCACAGUGGACUAAAGUGGAAAACGACCACUAUGAAGUUGAGUAUGAUUCAGGACAUGAGAGCUUCACUGUAUCAGAGGUAAUGGUGACAAGGACAAUCUCAGAUCUCGACUCUCGACUCCAGUUGACCAAAACGAGACCAGCAUCACUCUGCAGUGGGGAAAAGUGGGUCAAAUCCUUGAUUAUGCACUAGAGUUUGGUGGAAAUGUGAUGAACAUCACAGCACCAAAAGAACAUCAACAGGUGACAGUGACUGUCCCUAAACUUGAAAGUGGGACUAAAUAAACUUUCAGAGUUUUUGCUCUGUUUGAAAAUGCCAGAAGCAGCGGACUAAACUUAGUUGCAGCCACAGGUGAGACGUUUUCUUCUUUAUAGGCUUACAACCAAAGCUCUGUAAAAACAAGAGAGUGACUGAACUCUUUCAACUGUUUCUCAUACUGUUUCUUAACACCUUACUUUUUUUUGGAUAGGGAGUUAAAAAAAAGGGACACAAAACUGAAAGUUUAGAAGUGUGACCAAACAUUGUCUCAGCCAAUCCAUCUUAUUUAAUUCAUAAUUAAUGACUUGUCAAUGUUAAAAGUGUCUAACACAGGAGUGAUUGUUUGGGCUUUGUGAUUGAAGGGUUGUAUUAUUGUUUGGUGGUGAGUGAAAGCUUUUUGUCUCUCGGUUAGUUCCCUUGAAGGUGACUUCUGUCAAAGUUACUCGACGCUCUGUGAGGGAGGUAACCCUGGAGUGGACAAGUUUGCGGAGAGACUGGAGCUACUCUCUCCACAUAAAUGGGGAGUCUUACAAACCAGUUGUAUUUGGAGGUAUUGUGAAGAUUGAUGUUGGUUCUCUUGAUCCUGGGACAGUGUAUCCAUUCAGUGUGACCACAACUUUCUUUGGACACAGCAGCGAAGCUUAUGAAGACUUUACAGUGACAAGUAAGUUCAGAGUUGUUGCCUUGAAGGAGAUUUUUCCAUUGAGUUAAACUACUGUUCUAUGUGUAAACUGAUAAAAAUUAUACAAGUCAUAGCUCUGAAAAAGUUGUGUUUUCACUAAGUUUUGUGCAAUCAUUUUGUCAUUCAUUUCAGCCAUACACUGUGCAAGUGGAAACUGGCAAGUCACCAACUCAACAAUCACAGGAAUGAUUAAUGGCGAGUUUACAAAUGCAACAGCAUCAAACAAAUCAGAAACUCAUACCAGUACUGGGAGUGGGAAAGUGUCAUUUACUGGUCUUUACCCUGGAGAAACCUAUGAGGUUGAACUGGUACUUGAGAAAGACUCCAGACGCUUUAAUCAAUGUGAAGACACAUUUACUAUUACCACCAGUAAGUACCAACCUGUUCCACCAUAUUAACUCAGUGUUUGUCUGCAUUUUUACUGAGACCUAUGUAUUUCUAUGUUUGUUUAUGUACUGUACAUAUUUGAAAAAUUAAGGUCUGUUUUGUUGCAUAUGGAUAGUGAGAGCUGUGGAUAGAUGAGCUGUCAUGUAAUUAGCAAUAUUUGACAUGUUCCUAAAAUCAACAAAUAAACCCCUAAGGAAACAUUGGUGCUCCUCAGUAAAAUAGCCUUUUCUCACAUUAGUGCAAGACUGUUAUUUAUUACGCUUCUGUAUGGGCCUUAAUGAUGUACUUUUUUGACAUUUGGUACACUUUGAAAAACUCCUAUCAAACCUCAUUGUGUUUAGUACAUACUGCACAUGCAUUGAUUUUUAUGUGUUUGAAAAAUGAGACAUUUACUCACUGUUGGUGGAGCUAUUUUCUUAUUGUCUCAUAAAUGUUUUUUUCCUUCUGUUUCCCGCAGUCCCUCCAGUUGUUGAAGCUUACUGUGAGUACAGUGGAUCUGGAUAUUCUGCAUUGAUUGGAUGGAAUGAGCCACCGGGCAUCUGGCGUUCAGUGAGGGUUGUUAUGAGUGGGGAAAUUCGCACAAUACCUUCCUAUUGGGAUCGCACUGUCAUAAUAUCUGGAUUUCAACCUGCAAAAACGUAUAAAGUGUAUGUCACUACAGAAUCCCGAGAAAGACAAUCUCCAGAGUUUGUUUUUUCAUGUACCACUGAUCCAAGGGGUGAGUGUAAAAUGUUACUAAUGCUCUGUAAAAAUACAACCUCAUUGUGAUUUAUUCUUAAUUUUUUAUUACAAUAUUUGUUAUCAGGGCUUCAGACUUGCUCCGUCUAUCAUUCUAGAAGGGAAAAAGGAUAAUGUCACUGUCAUAUAAAUGGGAACCACUCUAAUCGCAUAACGAAUUUCUGUUACAGAGAAUUUACUUCAAAGUUUUCUCUUUGCAGGGGUCAUUGCAGGGUCAGUUAUUGGUGUGCUUCUUUUUGUUGCUCUGGUUGCCUUCAUUUUGUUUAAGAGACCAGAUCUAAUCAGGUUGGUUCUGCCUCAGCGGCUAUAGUCAGAUUAUCCUACUCUGAACUCUGCUGAAUCAGACUAAAUUACUGGACCUUGUUUUUAUUUCCUGUAGGCGAAACAAACCAUUUAUCAGCGGUACCGAACAAAACAAUAAAAAGUCCAAGUAAGUAUAGAUUGAAUAUUCUCUAAAGUAAUCAUCUCUUAAUUUAUACUACACUUUCAGUCUCUUGGUCUUGUAUAGCACUGAGUUCCACCAAGUUUAUUUAUGUCAGUCUUUGUUCUGUACUGAUUGUAUAUGCUCAUUUUCCUACCUGUCAUAAUAUAUUUAAAGUCACUGAUAUAACAAAUUAGGUUUUUUUUUCCCCAGGACUAUCUCUGUGGAUCAGUUUCCCGACCAUUUCUACCAGUUAAGUGCAGAUGCAAACAGAGGUUUCAGCGAGGAAUAUGAGGUAUGCAAAAAAAGCUUAUUGUUCCUCAUUUUUCUUCCAGUAAGAUUGCAAAACUUCCUGUUUUAGUUAAGGUAUCAAUUUGUUAUCUUUCGACCUUUGUUUCAAUCACCUGCCAUGCUAUCCAUCAACCUUUGUACAGAACCUUGCGUCUGUAGGGACUGAGCAGACUCGCAAAGAAGCUUGUCUCCCUGAUAACAAACCAAGGAAUCGUUUCAACAACGUCCUUCCGUGUAAGCCACCCUUUGACAGCUGGGUCAUGCAAUAAUGACCAUUAAUGCUCAUAAAACUGUCUAGAUACACUGACUCAUUCCAUUCUGGAUCUUUAUUUGUUGCGGUGCAACACAAUUAAGCCAUAUAUUAUUUUUUUUAUCUUAGAUGACUGGUGUCGAGUGAAGCUAACUUCAUUGGAUGCAGAUGGGAUGUCAGACUACAUCAAUGCCAAUAACAUGCCUGUAGGUAUCCCCUUAUGACUAAUAAUCAUAAAGUGAAGGUGUUUUUACAGUAAUUGAACACCACCAUACCUACAUGUCCAUCCAAUAUCCAUCAUGUAGCUCUAGCUUGUAAGACCAAAUUUUAAAAACCAACAUCACUAAUAAUUCCAUCAAUGAGGGAAGCUGCCAAGGUUGCACCAAUAUUCAUUUGUGUUCCACCAUUGUCCUGUCAGGGCUACAACAGCAGCAGAGAGUACAUUGCCACUCAGGGUCCUUUGCCCUCCACUGUCAAUGACUUUUGGAGAAUGAUCUGGGAGCAGAGAGUGAAAGGCAUUGUCAUGGUAACCAAUUGCAAAGAGAGUGGAAAGGUGAGUCCUGGUAGAGGCUAAAUCUUUAAAUGGCAGAUUUUAUAGGCAGUGCAGAUUUAAAUAUUGUGAGCUGUUGUGAAUCAUUUGCUUUAUUGACUCACAUUCUCACAAAUGGCAAACGUCAAUAUGUCCUGUUGUUACCUCCCAUUUGGUCGAUUGCUUUCUACACACUUUAAUGAGUUUAAGACCCUUUUUUAAAAAUGUGUACCGAUUGUGUUUCCCCAGACCAAGUGUGAACAAUACUGGCCUGGAGACCAAAAACCUGUCCUGUGUGGAGAGCUUUCAGUCACCAUGACAAAUGAACAGCAGGAGCCUAACUGGACACUGAGGGAAUUUACGUUGAAACAUGUAUGUAAACAUAUAUAAAAUAUUUAUGAUGUACAUAAACAUGAUGGGCAACAACAGUGUUAAAUAUUUAAAUAAAAAUAGUAAUGAUGUUUAACUCGAUCUCCUUCAGAGCACAAAUAAUCAGAAAUAAAAAGGUUUAAAUACAGUUUGUUGAAAUUGUCAGAAUAGCUGGUUUGUUAACAAUUGAUUUCCAAGAGGAUGUUUGACUCCUUAAAUUAACAUUCACUUGGUUAGAAUUUUAGACUUACAGUAUUUUCACUCCACAAUGUAUUUCUUUUCCACAGAAAAACUACUCAGAGGUGCGCAAAGUGAAGCAUUUUCACUUCACAGCCUGGCCUGACCACGGAGUCCCGCAGGGCACAGAGGUCCUAAUCCAGUUCAGAGGACUGGUGAGACAGCACAUUGAAAGAGAAGGGACUGGCGCACCUACUGUGGUUCACAGCAGGUACACAACAGAAAGUUCCUGAUCAUCUGCAAAGGCAUCCAUUUUAUGGCUUUUUUUUGAGUCGCAUGAUGAAAAAAAAAAUCAUUCGCUUCAACACCACAAGGAUCACCUGACAAGCAUUUCUGGCGAGAAUAAGAUGGCUUUUUUCCCCCUUGUCUCUUUUAGUGCUGGAGUUGGGAGGACAGGCACGAUCAUUGCCUUGGAUGUUCUUCUUCAGCAGCUUGAGAAAGAGCGUGCAGUGGGCAUUUACUCUUUUGUGCACAAAAUGAGGCUGAGCAGACCAUACAUGGUGCAAACAGAGGUAAAAACCUCCCUGAGGUUUUAUUUCCUUUAUUAGAUACCUAAGCAGGGGCCUGCUUUGCUUUUGUUUCUACUACCUUUAAUUAACCAUAUGUAAAAGUUGAAUUUUAAUAUUGAGGUGCAUUUGCAUCCUCUAAAAGAAUAAGUUAAUAUUGCCAUCUUUACUGGCCCAUUUUCACUCUUACAAACCAAUCUGAUCAUUUUGUUGUUGUGCUUUACUUUGCCAAAGUAGAUGUGUAAACACACAGAUGACCACGCAUGAAUAAAUCCACUGUCAGGGUUGCACAUCAUAUCACAAUGUUACAUUUGCACCGUUAUAUUUCUCUAAAGCAGGCUUCCUCUACAUAGCCUUGUCAUAUUUCUGAAGGCUUGCAUACUGUUUAUAUAAAUAAAAAGUUAUCUUUGUUUGCAGUUGAUUGUGGUAAACCAGUUGAGGCUGUGGUUAAAUGCACAAAAGAAAGCGCUAGGCAGAUCAUGAUGUGUUUAUUGCACCCCUCGCUCACAGUUCUGCUUUUGAAAUAACCAGCUGCUGUGGUUUCCUUUUUUCAGUCCCAGUAUGUUUUCUUGCACCAAUGCAUCAUGGACACUCUGCAUCAAAAUGAGAGGAGCGAAGAACACAUUUAUGAGAACGAGGACAACAUGUAUGUGAAUGCUACUGCACUCCGAGAGUUUCGGAGUGCACAAAGGCACCCAAGCCUGAGUUGAUUGUCAGUCUAGAUGCACAUAAUAAAGAGUUGAUAUUUAAUCCUACAUGCUAGGUUUGGUUAAGCAAUGAAAAUAUAAAACAUAUUUUAUGUUCACCUUUUCCAUGUUACCCUUAACUUUUUAUUUAACUCUAAUUUUGUGUUUCAUCUUUUUAAUGUAUUUUCAUGAUUAUGAAUUCUAUCAUAGAGGGGGAAACUUCAGAGGACAGAAGAAUGUUUUAAAACUUAAAUAAGACAAUAAGUAAAGAAAUGUAAAUAAUGAAAUUAUUACAUAAAAUAAAAAUGAUUUUCAACUUGUACAAUAAAUGAUAUAUAUAUUUUUUUUUUAAAAAGGCCCUUAAAUGUGUUACAACACAGAAAACAAGCAAAAUGAAAACCAGUCUGCUAUCACACAGCACCAGCUUGUCUAAAACUGUGCCCAAAUGAAGGAUUGGUCCUCGCCUUUGGCCAUAAGGGUCACCAUAUAAAUGACUCACAUAGCUUAUCAAAACAAAACAAUUUUGGCCUCACUUCCUCUAAAUUCCUUCAACUUUGAGCACUUCUGCGAUAGGAGGGCUUAUAAAAGUGAGCAGUGAUGAGUUCCCGUCUGGCUUUUACGGCCUCAGGGUUUUAUUUCUGGCUCAGAAAGCUGUUUGCCUGGUUUCAGGGCCUCAUAUUUUCCAAGGAUGGGUGGUGGAGGCACAGAAAACUUCUUAGUGAUGUUGUGCAGGACGCAGCACGCCUUAAUGAUGUUGGACUUCUUAUCCAAAGUGCUCUCUAGUGUAAAACCAAGCUGCAUCAAACACCUGAAACGUCUCUUCAUGCACCCAAGUGCUGUUUGCAUAACAUUAUGAAUCUUUGCGUGGGCAUCGUUGAAGCGGUUCUCACUGUUAUUUGCAGGUUCCGACACAGGAGUCAGGACAUGUUUGCUUAAGUUGUAGCCUGUCCCACCUUUGAAAAAAAAAAGAGAUUGCAAUUAAAACAGGAUCAGAAACACAAACCUUGAUACUAUUUUAACAAACACAUUAAAACAAAGGCUGUGAUGACUAACUUAAAAAUAGACAGAACAAGGUAAGAACCACUGAUGCUUUACACUAAGGCUGUUUUUCAUUUCAGAGACCGCAUCGGGCUAAGUGCACUUCUGCACCGUCAAACUGUGCAUUUGAAGCAUGCAUGACGUCAUGACGGCGCGAACAGUGUCCUGUUUGGCACGAGAUGCUAAGAAAUGCUAAGCGCGCUUAGCAUUUUUUCAAGCAUGUAUUUAUGCACGCUUUCGUGCCGUCGGUAUCCCAGAAUGCUUUGCGUGCCGCUGCAGAGCUUCACAUUUCAGGUGAGAGGCUGGACUCGCUUGGAGACGCAGCGCAUCUUCAAAGAAAAUACAAGAAAUCCAAAAACAGCAGACAGUCAGCUCAGGCUGUAUGAGAGCAUGAUCUCUGAACUCACUAAAAUCUGCAAACCAAACAUUAUAGAUUUAGAGACGAACUGAUCCGCUCUGCUUCAACAAUAAAAAACAUUAGAAAUAAGAAAGCUGACAAAACUACAGCAGAGUAUCAGGACAACAUUGAGUUUUUUUUCUUUUAAGAUUUAGAGAUUAAAGUUGUAAAUUUAGGAGAAUGAAGUCAUAAAGUAAAUAAAGUCAUAAAGCUGCUUUUGUGGAGGGGGAAAUGACUGAAGCUGGUCAUCUGCAGGGUUAUCUGUGGAUGUAUCAGCGGGUCAUUCAGAGAGAUUUUGUGGUUUCUGAAGAAGAAGCAAUCAAACUGAUGAUGAUCAACAUUUGUGAUCCAGAGGGAGUCGAGCUCUGACAAGCACCACGUCUCUGACACCGGCGGUAGCCUACACCUGCAGAGACACCAACACCUUAUUAUGGCAUAUGGAUUCAUAUCAUAAACUAAAGCUCAAUGUCUCAAUGUCUAUUGUGAUGACGCUCGGCUCAAACAGCGUAUCCCCCCCGGCUGAGCUACUCAAUCCCUGAACGCCCAUAGGCUGUACCAGGUGUCAAUCAUAGAAAACAUGAACCCCCUAAUAACUUUUAAAAACGGAGCUGUACAGAAAAAAGAGGACUUGAGCACAAACCAGUCUUACUGUAACUAUAUGUCAACAUCACAACCGGGGGGAGAAAAAAUUUUGUUCUGUGUAAUAAAUUUCUAAAGUUUGUCCACAGUCCCAUAAACUUUGCUGGCGGAGGCGGGAUUUAUGACCUGUACUGCAGCCCACCAUCAGAGGGUGCUGUUCUCGGAGUGGCUUCACCCAGCGAGGAGGCAGACUCUGUCCAUUUUAUAUACAGUCUAUGGUGCAUACAUGCACGCUUGAAAAAGGGCAGGGGUAGUGUGGUUUGGAGACCGAAUUUGAAUUAGUAUUUUUUGCCAAACGGGACACCGUUCGUGUCGUGUGAUGACCUCACGCACGCUUCAGAUGCGCCGUUCAAUGGUUGCGGUCUCUGAAAUGGGACACAGGAAGGGUACAUAACGGCGCAAAACGGUACACAACGGCACAAAACGGCAGUGCACUCAGCUAAGCGCCGUUAAGCGCGCUUAUCCCGAUGCGGUCUCUGAAAUGAGACACAGCCUAAGUCUCACUUUAUAGCUACUACAACCUCAUUUUAAUAAUGAUAGUUUAAUAAUUCGGCAGAUAAAGGAGACAAAUAAGACUCAAUUGUAUACUUAAUUAUACUUAUUAGGAAAUCAGGUAUUUUUCCUUCAACUUGCCAGACUGACAAAAAAAAGAAAGGGAUGUGGAAGAGCCCCAAGAAGCGAACCCAGUUGUACCCCCAAGUGACCCAGGAACGGAGUCAUAUCAAAGGGCCAGGAGACUGAAGACACCACUCCGAAGAAGUAAGGUCAAGUGGCCAAAGGCCAGCGAAACUGAAGAGUGGAGAAAGCUGGACGAACACUUGAGCGGGCUGCUGCAAAGUGCACUACGCGGGUCAGUGGAAUCCAAGCUAAACCUGUUCGGGGAGAUCUUGUAUGAAGAAUGCAGCAACAGGUAUGGUGAGGUGACCAUCAGAGAACCAGCAGCAAGGAUAAAGGGGAGGAGGGAGAAAGAGAUUGAUGACCUGGUGGCAAGCAGAAGGCAGCUCCGCAAGCGUUGGAGGAAAGCAGAGGAGUUUGAGAAAGACGGUCUGAAAGUCCUCUGGGAUGACAUCAAGAAACGUCUUGCGAAACUACGGAGGGCAGAGAGCAUUCAAAGGAGAAAAGGAAAGAUCAAACUUCUUCAGGAAUCCAUUCCAGCACGCACAAUCGCUCCUCGCGGAGAAGACAAGUGAAACUCUGGAUGUCUCCAAAGAAGACCUGGAAGAACACAUCCGAGCUCAAUACAGUGACCCAGCAAAGAACAAUCCUCUAGGCUCACCGGGGUAUGUGCCUAGGCCCACAGAACCAUCAGCCCUGUUUGAUACAUCACCACCCAAACUCGGCGAGGUCACACAGGUGAUCCAGCGAGCGAGAUCUGCAUCAGCACCAGGGCCAAACGUAAUACCGUACAAGCUUUUUAAGAACUGCCCUAGCGUGCUGAAGCUCUUGUGGACCCUGAUGAGAGUCACCUGGACGAAGCAGAGCAUACCAUCCGAGUGGCAAAGGGCAGUGGCUGUCUCCAUCCCAAAACAACCGAACGCCAAGAUCAUCGAGCAGUUCAGGAGCAUAGCCCUACUAAAUGUGGAGGGAAAGAUAUUCUUCUCUGUGAUGGCAAGAAGAAUGACCACCUAUCUGAUGGAAAACAGCUUCAUCGAUACCAGUUGCCAGAAAGCCGGAGUACCGGGGUUCCCUGGCUGCGUGGAGCAUGCCUCAAUGAUCUGGGAACAGAUUCAGACCACCAAGAGGGAGAAGAAAAAUCUGCAUGCCAUUUGGCUGGACCUAGCCAAUGCCUACGGGUCAGUGCCACACCAGCUGAUAGCAUACGCCCUUCACUUCUUCUACAUUCCAGACAACAUCAAGAACAUGAUCAUGAAGUACUUCCAGGACCUGCACAUGUUCUUUGCACUGAAGAAGUUCAAUACUGGUUGGCAACAACUGGAAGUAGGGAUUGCAAUGGGAUGCUCCAUCUCCCCAAUCCUCUUCGUGGCAGCAUUUGAGGUCACCCUGAUCGGGGCAAGGCAAGUGGUGGGUGGCGUCCGAUUGCCUGCAGGUCAGAGGCUCCCUCCCCUAAGGAGCUAUAUGGACGACAUCACGUGCCUGCUACGAACUGCGCCAUGCACAUCCAGGCUGCUGAAGAGGCUGGACGAACUGAUCUCCUUGGCAAUGAUGAAGUUUAAGCCACAGAAGUCAAGGAGCCUCUCGCUGCGGAAAGGGGAGAGGAAUGACAGAGUCACCUUCACCAUCGGCGGAGAAGUCAUCCCCCUCAUCGCGGACAAGCCCAUCCGAAGCCUGGGUAGACUCUAUACAUCUGGGGCCUUAUGUAUCAACGCUUGCGGCGCAAGAAAACCUUGCGUAUGCCAAAAUCGGUGCACACGUCCAGAUUUAUCAUCGCGAAACGAGCGUCGGUUCCAGCGCUAAUCAACGCAAAGUUAGGAGGUGGUGUAGAAAUUGGCGCUGAGCCGAUACUGAGCGUUGACUGUGAUUCGCACUUUGGCGACGCUGUGUGGCGGUGUUUGGUGACUUACUAUGUGACAAGCGUGCACCGCAUCCCCGUGGCUGAGCAGCACGUCGCCCCACAUGACGAACCAGCAGCAGACGGAGGGAUGCGAGCUGAUCCCUGCCGGGCCGCCGUCCUCGCGCGGGAGAAUCUCAUCGCCACAGUGUGAAUGGGUAAGAAGUGAAUACACAGUUCAAUGAGCCAAAUUAAUUUAUGUUCUCCACCAGACGCUCGAGGACAUUUACGAGCCGGUCCAGCCGCUCGUUGAUCCCCAUGAUCCCCCUGAUGAUUUCUUCGUGCGAUUGCAGGACCCCCUCCGCGAGGACCCUUCCACUGCGUCCGGGUGGUCCAGCGGAAGCGCUGCGGCUGGUGGACGCUCCACCGCUUGUCGGCGCGCUGGUGCUGAUGCUGGUGCUGGUGCCGGGGCCGGGGGCCGGGGUGGCCCGAAUGCCGCUGGUCCUGGCCGACGACUCCGAGCCGGCGGACGGGCUGCCGCAGGCCGGGGUUCCGCAAGCCGGUGACACGGCAGACACAUUGAUUUCUGUGACACAAUAAAAAUAUUUGUUCAUUUCAAUUCCUGCUUCUGUGUAUCUGUAGCGUUUACAUCUCUCUCCACGGUAUCAUAGGUAAUGAAAUCCAGUAUUUAGAGGUCAGUUAUGCACAUUACAGUUGUUUAUUGCAUAAAAAGUUAUCGAAAAAUGAAGUUAAGGGCGAAGUAUAAAUCACGUCUAAAAAUAGACUGAAUCCCGAUGUUGAAAUGAAGUAUAAACUUAGACUAGACGUCUAAUAUACGUCUUUUGCUCAGUGGGAUGGCAAAGCAUGUGGACAUUUGUGUGACACGCAACUUACCCUAUAAUAAUAAUUAUUUUUUGUAAUCAGCAAAAUAAUUCAGUGUUUUUAAUGGCAUCUGUCUUUUUUAAACAUCUGUGAUCAUGCUGAAAGCUGAAUAAACAUAAACAAAACAAAUCGCCACCACCCGCUGCUCAAACGGUGUGAGGGUCUCCUCCCCCGGACCCCCACCUGUCUGGCCAGUACUCCUCCGGAGGGCAGCUGUACGCCGAUUGACCUCCACCUUGAGGUCUGACCACUUUUUUUUAAUCUUCGCAGGGGUGCGUGUCUCGGAACCCACCGCGUUCACCCUCUCGCAAACUUUCUCCCACUCCAAGCGUUUUUGUUUUGCACUGACGCCACUGGACAGGCUGCCAAACAAAACACGCUGUCGCUCCUCCACCUCCGCCACCAGCACCUCCACCUCGCACGCCGUAAAUUUAGUUUUUCUUGUCAUUUUGUCUGCGUGCGAGGACAGGGAGACCCUAUUUAAAUAAAUCUGCAUAUUUAUAGGAGGGCGUAACGGGGACGGGCCCAGUCACUCCGACAUCUGCGCUCAAUUCCACGCUGAUUGGGAUUUAUCAAGGAAACACACGUGGAUUUCGGCGCCCGCACACAUUGAUACAUACGGAUUUUUUUCAGCAUGACAGACCUUGCGUGCGCUCGUUUCUGGUAUGAGUUCCACGCAAGUGUUGAUACAUAAGGCCCCUGGUCUCUCAGACAAGGACAUGGGGAAAACCAUCCUUCAGCAGCUUUCAGAAGGCCUGUCAAAAAUCGACUCAAGCCAGCUACCCGGAAAGCACAAGGUGUGGUGCUAUCACUUCACCCUGUACCCGAGAGUGAUGUGGCCUCUGAAACUGUGCAAAGUCACCUCAUCAGCCGUACGCCGGAUGGAGGCAAAAGCCAACUCCUUUAUCCGCAUGGCUCGGACUGCCGCGAUGUUUCUCUGCAGCUGGCCUUUAUGGUCGGAACUCACUCCAACUGCCGCUGAAAUCCAUCACGCUGGGAUACAGGCAGGAGAAGGCAAGGUUGGUGAUGGAACUAAGGGACUCCUCCGACAGGACAGUGGCAGAAGCAAAUGCCAGAGUUGCAACGGGAAGGAAAUGGAAGGCUGUGGAUGAGGUCCAGAAGGUGAUGGGCAGGCUGCAACACCAGGAAGUUGUGGGCAGGGUCCAGACAGGGCGGGCAGGCCUUGGAUGGACAGACCCUCCCAUUCUGUGGCCCAAGGCAAACAGGAAGGAGAGAAAGGACCUUGUUGUUGCUGAGGUCAUCAGAGUGGAACAGGAAGAGCUCAGAGUGAAAUCUGUGGCACAGGGGCGGCAGGGGCGCUGGACGAACUGGGAGGGUGUCACGAACCGAGCAAUGAACUGGGCAGACUUCUGGAAAGUGCCACAAGCUCGACUCAGUUUCCUCAUCAGAGCGACCUAUGACACACUACCUAGCCCCCAAAAUCUCCAUCAGUGGCUUAGAACAGAGCAAUCCUGCGACCUCUGUGGGACCAUCAAUGCCUCCCUCCAGCACGUCCUGUCAGGAUGCAAAACAGCGCUGACACAGAGUCGGUUCACAUGGCGGCAUGACCAAGUUCUCAGGAAAUUGGCAGAGGUGUUGGAGAGAAGUCACCAGGAGGCCAACAAGCUCAGUCCAUCAAUGAAGCAACACAGGAUCCAAUUCCUUAGACAGGGGGAACCUGCAGAACACUCCAGCAAGAGAUCACCACCCACCAAGCUGCAAGCGCCAGGCGCGGAGUGGAAGAUGGAGGUGGAUAUGGGUAGACGGCUCCAGUUCCCACAGGAGAUCUGCACCACCACCCUAAGACCAGAUGUGGUGCUGUGGUCUGCAGCCACAAAGUCAGUCCUGCUGAUUGAGCUGACAGUGCCAUGGAAGGAGGGACUGGAAGCUGCCUACGAAAGGAAGAUGGCAAAGUAUGCUGACCUGGUUGCGGAGUGCAGGGAAAGCGGGUGGAAAGCGAGGACAUGCCCAGUGGAGGUGGGAUCAAGAGGAUUCCUUGGCAGCUCCACGUCUCGCCUACUCAAGGACGUGGGGCUAUGGGGAGCCAAAUUGAGUAAAGCCACAAAAGAACUCUCAGAGGAAGCAGAGAAGGCAAGCCACUGGCUCUGGUUGAGACGACGAGACAAGUCUUGGGGGGGGGGGGACAUCAAGCUAAGUUUGGCUGCAGGGGGUGUCAGGGAGACGUCCCUGUACACUGCCCCGCCACCAGGAGAUGUUCUGGGUAAGGGGCGAAACAUCCAUGAACGGUGGUCCCCAGCUGAAGACCCUGCAGCGAAACUUAGCUCCCUUUUUCUUUGGUGUGCGGUCAGGUUUAGACCUGGCUCAGGGAAGAGGACGCCCCUGCCAUGCACAGUCCACCAUCGGCACCGCUGGAGGUGCGACAGCCCUAAGGGUUAGCAGGAAGACCAUCCUUCUGUAUGAAAUAAUCCUGAUCUCUGUAAUGAGUUUCAUGUCUUUGUAAAGCACUUUGAAUUGCUUGUCGCUGUGUACACAAUUAUUAGGCAAGUGAGUAUUUUGAUCAUAUCAUCAUUUUUAUGCAUAUUUUCCAACUCCAAGCAGUAUAAACUUGAAUGCUUAUUGGAUACAAGUAUAUCAGGUAAUGUGUAUUAGUGUAAUGAGGGAGGCUGGGGCCUAAGGAGAUCAAAACCCUAUAUCAAGGUGUGCAUAAUUAUUAGGCAGCUUCUUUUUCUCAGGUAAAAUGGGCCAAAAAAGAGAUUUAAGUGACUCUGAAAAGUCAAAAAUUGUAAAAAGUCUUUCAGAGGGAUGCAGCACUCUUGAAAUUGCUUAGAUAUUUGGGCGUGAUCACAGAAUCAGCAAACAUUUUGAUGCAAAUAGUCAACAGGGUCACAAGAAAUGUGUUAAGAAAAAAAGACGCAAAUUUACUGCCAAAGAUUUGAGAAGACUCAAACGUAAAGCUACCAGUAUAGUGACUAGGAACGAAAACAAAGUCACUGAGAGGCUAAGUGAGGGAGCUUCCGCAUUGGUGACUCGCUACACAAACCACAAGCCAUUUCCGUGUUUUCCGAUUGAGUUCACAUUUAUUUCCAACGCCGCACAAACAGACAGACAGGGCAAGGCAAGGCAAGAUGAUCUAUGGGCUUAGUUUGACGUUUAAAUCAAGCAGUCAACAAAAAAAUACGCUCUCCCUACUCACCCCCUCUCCAUGCAGCCGCCGCAGCACCCAGGUGACUAUAUGUCCAUUCAUUCAAUCAUUCAAUCAUCGCGCCUUGACCACACCCCCUCGUGACGUGCAUGAAAGGUGCAGCCCAGACAGUUGAUGUCAACACACACAAACCUAACCACUUCUGCAUAUGGCACCUACAACCCAGCCCCUAAUUAUUACCAUUAUAAUAAUUACACUAUGACAAAUAAAUGAACCACGAAAUCCACCAAUGUUCUUGUGAUAGUCCAUCAAUACAGUUCAUCAAUGUGCUCUUCUUCCUGGAACACAAGUCAAGUCUAGUCAAGUUCAAAAGUUCAAAAGUUCAGACACACAGCUUCACGGAGGAAAGUCAUGUCGUGCUGUCGGUCAGUAAAGUUCAUCAAACUAUCCUUCCAGAACGGAAGAGUCAGGCAUCCGAUUCCUGCAGAAGACAGACUUUGGUUAUGGGCCUUUCCAAGGAGCUGGUCUUGGUCUUGAUCUGCAGCCGUCGCACAAAUCCUCUUCUGUCUGGGAAGGUUUGGAUAACCCUUCCCAUGACCCACGAGUUCCGUGGUGCUGUUUCAUCCACAAUAAGCACAACGUCCCCUUCUACAAAGUUGCGCUUGAUACCAGUCCACUUCUGACGUUCCUGCAACUGUGGCAAAUACUCCUUAGUCCAUCGCUUCCAAAAUAAAUCAGACAUGUACUGGACCUGCCUCCAGCGUCGAUGAGCGUAGAUGUCAUCUCUUUGAAACUGCCCAGGUGGCAGGGAAGGAGAGGUUUUCAACAGCAAGAGAUGGUUAGGCGUCAGAGCUUCGAGGUCGUUAGGGUCGGUUGAGGCCUUAGUAAUUGGACGGCCGUUAAUGACUGCUUCCACCUCACAGAGGACAGUGUGUAAUCCCUCCUCAUCCAGAUUUUGAACUUUCAAGAUGGAGUUCAAGACCUUGCGCACUGAUCUGAUCAACCUUUCCCAGGCACCACCAUGGUGCGAUCCAGCUGGGGGGUUAAAAAUCCAUUUCACCUCCUUCUGAAGAAGAACACCAUUUAUCUGAGCUUGAUUCCAACCUCUGAUAGCCUCUCUCAGCUCACGCUCUCCUCCAAUAAAGUUCGUUCCAUUGUCUGAUCGAAUUUCUUGGACUUGGCCACGUCUUGCCAUGAAUCGUCGUAGUGCAUUAAUAAAGGCGUCUGUAUCCAGCGAAGGAGCCACUUCGAUAUGAACAGCCCGUAUUGCCAAACAGGUGAACAUGACUCCAUAUCUCUUUACAAUGCUCCUCCGGCUCUUAACCUCGAAUGGUCCAAAGUAGUCCACACCGACUCUGGUGAAUGGAGGUUUGUCUGGGCAGACCCUGUCAACAGGAAGAUCAGCCAUCAGCUGACACCCUGGGGCAGCUUGCAACCUGCGGCAGACAACACACUUUGACAAAAUUCUCCUUAUGGCUGUGCUGACCCCAGGAAUCCAGUAUCUUUCACGUAGUUUGGACAACAUGUAGUUGCGUCCUCCAUGACCAACUUGUUGAUGUAUGUGUCUCAGGAGAACGUCUGAAAUGUGGAGCUCUUUGGUCAGAAUGGCAGGGUGUUUUGCGUCUUCAGGUAAGGCUGCUCGGCUCAACCGACCACCAACCCUCAGGAUACCAUCCUCCGACACAGGAGCGAGCUUGAAGAUGUGACUUCUCCUUUUCACACUUUCGCCCUUCUGCAAACUAGAGAGUUCAUCAGGAAACCUCUUCCUCUGACAAAACCUGAUGAUUUCCUUUUCAGCUACCUGCAACUCGUCUACCGUGAGGAAACCUCUCGGUGCCAGGUCUUUGAACCCUCCUUUUCCAAGCUCCGAGGACGGUCUUUGUUGUUUCCCUGACUCCGACUGAGUGGACGCAGAGUCAGUCCAUGUCCUCUUCUGGCUGAGACCCCGCAGCAUGUUUUUUAGCCUGAGAAACCAAGCCACAGCCCUUCUCAGAUGGGUCCAAGAGGAAAAAUGAUGGAUUAGUUGAGUGGUUGCAUCCACAUCCUCUGAGGCCUGCACUGCAUUCACUGCCACACUGGCCUUGACUUCUGGAUCGUUCAGCAGGAGUUCGCCCAAGCAAUCUGGACUCACAGGCCAGUCUCGUUCAGGUUGCAGGAGAUAUGCAGGUCCUGACAACCACGCCUUGUUCCUCAGGAACAUGUCAACCCUCAGUCCCCUGGAGGCCACAUCUGCAGGAUUGCUUAGGGUGUUUACAUACUUCCACUGCGAUGGAUCUGAUACUUUGAGUAUUUCUGCUACCCUGUUGGCGACAAAGGUACGGAACCUGGAAGUCUCAUUCCUGAUGUACUUCAGCACAGAGGUGCUGUCAGUCCAAAACGUUGACUCUAUUAAUGAGAUGUGCAACUCCUUUUUCCAAAAGGUGUCCAGACGGCUUGCCAUUGUAGCAGCUGUGAGCUCCAUACGGGGUAUUGAGACCGGCUUCAAAGGAGACACCCUGGACUUUCCCAUGACAAAGCUGCUGUGCAUCUGGGAACAUGCAUUCCGCAGGAGAAGGUAGGUCACUACACCAUAACCAUUAUUACUUGCAUCUGUAAAAUGGUGCAGUUGCGCCACAGUGACCUCACCAAAGUCUGGGGGUUUAAGGCACCGCGAAACCUGGAAGUGCUCUAACUGAUGGAGCUCCUCUAACCAGCUCGUCCAUUCCUGUGCAGCUGAUGGUGGUAUAGGGUCAUCCCAACCGAGUCUUUGCCUACACAGCUCCUGCAGGAUGAUCUUGGCAGAAAGAACAAUGGGACUCAGGAUUCCUAGAGGAUCAUAUACUGAACUGAUGACAGAGAGGAUCCCCCUCCUUGUCAGGGGCCUGUCCUGCACCAGGAUUCUAAACUUGAAGACAUCAGACUGGAUGCACCAUUGCACCCUGAGCACCCUCUCCACUGGUAGCAGGUCAUGGUCCAAAUCCAGGUCCUUCAUGCCCUUAGCUCUUUGGUCCCCUGGAAUUGCUGCCAUCACUGCACGGCUAUUGCUCAUCCAUCUGGUCAACUUAAAGCCUCCUUUGGCACAUACAGAGACCAGGUCAUGAUACAGUGCCACUGCUUCUUCCUCACUGGCCGUCGAUACCAGACAAUCGUCCACAUAAAAGCAGUGCAGAAUCCUCUCAAUGGUCUCUCGGCAGAACUGUUCUUCAUUGUCCUUAGCACAUUUCCUCAAUGCAAAGUUAGCACAACUUGGUGAGGACGUUGCACCAAAAAGAUGUACCAUCAUUCUAAAGUCUACCAGGUCUUGGGUGCAGUCACCGUUGGGCCACCAGAGAAACCUCAGUAGAUCAGCAUCUUCCCUUGGCACCUUUACUUGGUGAAACAUGGACUCUAUGUCUGCCAUGAUCACUACCGGUUCUUUCCGGAAUCUGGCCAGGACGCCAAUCAGCGAGCUAGUGAGAUCUGGCCCUUGCAGCAGUUGAGCGUUGAGAGAUGCCGACUGGAAAGUGGCAGCACAGUCAAAAACCACACGGAUUUUUCCCUUUUGUGGGUGAUACACACCAUGGUGUGGGAUAUACCACAAUCUUCCAUCAGUACGUGCCAGCUCAUCUGAAGGUACUUGCUCUGCGUAUCCCUUGGUGACCAUAUCAUUCAUGAAAUCAGUGUACUGCUGAUGAAAUAACGAGUCCCUUUUGAACCUCCUCUUCAGGUUUAGAGCACGCUGCUCGGCAACCUUCUUGUUAUUUGGCAUGGUCACGGAGCUUCGCAGGGGCAAUGCAAUCUGGUAAUGACCAUCUACAAGCUUGGCUGAAUCCUGGACCAACUUCAUGAACUUUUGGUCCUCUCUUGACUGGCCAGGUUGCUCAUCGUAGCCACAUUCUGGGAAAUCUGUUCUGAACUGCUGCUGCCAGAGCUCCUCCAAGUUCAGGACUGAAAUUCUGUUAACGGUCGCAACAUCCAUUCCAUCACCACUGUUUCCCCCCAGUGGCCCAUUAACAGUCCAACCCAAAAUAGUCUUGAUGGCAUACGGUCCAUUGUCCACACUACGGAUGACUUGUAAUGGUUCCAGUGCCCUUGGUACGUUUGUUCCAAUCAACAGCUCAACUUCGGAGUCGAUAUCAGGUAAGUGAACAUCUCUCAAGUAUGCCCACCUCUUGAGAUCCUUUUGACAUGGAAUAUUUCCUCUAUGCACCGGCAUGCACUCCUGUGUAUAGGUGUUGGGCAAAUCACAGUAUGUCUCUCCGUCCAAACCGGCCACCUCCAGUCCCGUGACCACACAGCUGUUAACGACCUUCUCCUGACCCAUUGUCCGCAAAAGGAUUCUUGUCCUUUUUCCUGAGAGGUUGAGCUUGUUCAUGAGGUUCACUGUGCAGAAAACAGCCGUGCUACCUUGAUCCAAGAAGGCAUAAGUAGCCACUACAUGAUUACCUUUCUUGGAUUUAACCAAUACAGGAACUAUAGGAAGCUUGCACUCAUGGCCACCAGCCCCAGUCAACCCAUUAGAUACCAGAGCACAGCCCACUGCGGCGCCUGGUUCUUCUUCUGUCACUGGGUCCUUUUCCUUUGAAUGGAUGUGAAGCACUGUGGGGUGUUUCAAACUACACACUUUACAUGAUAGACGCUUUCGACAGUCCUUGCUGAUGUGUCCUAUACACAAACAGCCGAAGCAUAUUCCCUUUUCCCUUAAAAAGGUGAUCUUUUCAGUGUGAGUCAUCUUCUCCAUUCGAGAGCAAUACUCCAACAUGUGCCCACCCUCACAAAACAGACAGACUUUCUUGGCUGAUGAGGUUGUGUCUGGCCUCCUUCCUUUUGUUGCUGUGUAAUUGUGCUGUACAGUAGUCACUGUUGUAGCGAAACUACUUCCCUUUGGCCGAGAUCUAGGUUUUAAGCUGGUUCGAUUCAUGCCUCUGUUUGCUGCUGGUGAUGAGUCUUGAAUGUCUCCAAAUACUGGGUCUGUUAGAAUCUUUGCUUGCCUUUCGAUGAAAUGGACAAUAUCAUUAAAUGUAGCCCUUUGGUUACGUCUUUCUUGUAUUUCACAAGCAGUUGUCCUCCAUCGAUCCCUCAGCUUGUAAGGCAGUUUUUUUAUUAUUGUCAGCAUGCUAGCAGGCAUAUCCAUUUCAAACAUAUACUGCACUUCGUUCAUCGCAUUUGCGCAGCCUCUGAGAAAUAGGCUAUAAUCUUGGAGAGCUUUAACGUCCUCUGAUUUUAUUGGAGCCCAUGACAACGCCUUGUCCAUAUAAGCAGCAGCAACCCUUUGUUCAUCCCCAAAAUGUUCUUGUAAUAGGAUUUUAGCUUGAGCAUAGCCCCUGUUUGGGUCCAUAUGCUGGCAGCUUCUCACAAGAUCUCUUGGACGACCUCUAGUGUAUUGCUCGAGGAAGUACAGGCAAUCACUAUGACUGUUGGACUUGCUUUCAAUACAGUUUUCAAAGGCUCUCAGGAACGUAUGGAACUGCAGUGGGUCACCAUCAAACACCUGGAUGUCUCUUUUAGGCAAGAGCGCAUGUUGCUGCUGUUGUAUCAGUAGUGUUGUAAUUUCAUUCUGUCUUUUCAUGAUGUCAAGAACAUUGUUUUGCUCCCCAUGACUUGCUGAAUCCCCAACAUUAAGACUGAUUCCAUGAUGUAAGUGAUCAUUAUGAGCAUUGAGCAGAGGAUUAAAAUCAGGUAAGUGGCUCUUCAAAGUGGGAGGCUGAAAGUGAACAGCAUGGGUCGAUCCAUCUGAUUUAGGCCUUGUCACAGGGUCACUGUCCAUGAUUUUCGAUUGCUGUUUAGAUGUUUCCAGCCUCAGAGGAAUGAAAGGAGUGGCAUUGACAUUGAACUUUGUUGUUUCUUGUUCAUUUUUAACGUAGGAACUCAUUGCAUUGGACCUGUCUGUUGUAAUACUUUUCAAACCAGAUAUGCUUGCAGCCCUUAGAACGCUCACUUUAGCCAAGUGUGCAGCAAUCUCUUCAUCCAACUUGAGCUUUUCCUUGCGUUUCCGUAUUUGCUGCUCCUCCUCUUCCAGUGCAUGUCUGUCCUGUAAAAGUUUUUGCCGUGCCAUCAGUGCAGCUAAAUCAGCUUCUGCCUUGAUGCGAGCAGAAGAAGUUCCUGAUACGUUGGACCUUUUACCACUCCCAGAGCUUUUUCCACUCACAGCACUUUUUGCAGAUCGUUUGCUUUGCACAUUUGAUAUGCUAUCACUUGGGUUCACGUCAUCCUGUAGACCUUCAUAAGGUGUGAUGGGGCCUGUGUCCUGUGCUGCUGCCUGUAAAGCAUCAUCUAUUUGAGGGUCACACACAUGCUUUGUUGCUGCGGCCUCAUCAUUAUCCACGAUAUUUAGAACAUGUUCAUUCUCAUCCAACCACUGAAUCACAUCAUCCUUGAAUGUACUGCUGUAACGUUCAAUACUGGAGAACCAAUCAUUCUGUUUAAGUUUUUCAUCCUCAGGUAACAGUGGAAUUAUUGUUUGAUGCAGGUUGAUAGCAGUAUCAAGGAGCUGAGUAAUAGUUUGCAACUGAGAUUUCACUUCCUGUACAUUUUCCUUUCGUUUCAUCAGCUCUUUCAUUGCAGGUAUUAAGCCUUUUAUUUUAUUCACAUGUGUUUUACGUUCAUUUUGUAGAUUUACCACUUUAUAUGCCAAUGCUUUUGCAGUAAGUUUCACAUUCCUUUUAGCAACCACAGUUUCAUUGUUUUCCACUUGUUCCAUGGCUUCACUCAUAUUGUCCUUUUGAGAUUCGGCAGUUCAGUGGUUCGCGCAGUGAAUCCACAAUACACCCAGCAUAGUUUUAUUUAUCCACAGAUUGUUUCACAUCAAUUAACAUCGGAAAACACCACAGGUAUUUACUCUCAACGAGCAGGACAGGCUGUCUCAGCGGACUUUCACACACGCACAGCGCUCCCCAAUGGAUGCGCUGUAUGCGCUGUAAUCAAACUGCGUUCCGUCCAACAUACACAGAAUGAAUGGAUGCGAGUGAUACAGUCCUACCGGUCUGAAGUCCACGUUGCCAUCAGUCUGGCGUUGCAGUUAGACACCGUGUGGCGUGAUCGCGUCCGUAUAUGCCGUUCGGGUGUUGGUACUCCUUUUUUGUUGACAAAAUAUAGUGACUAGGAACGAAAACAAAGUCACUGAGAGGCUAAGUGAGGGAGCUUCCGCAUUGGUGACUCGCUACACAAACCACAAGCCAUUUCCGUGUUUUCCGAUUGAGUUCACAUUUAUUUCCAACGCCGCACAAACAGACAGACAGGGCAAGGCAAGGCAAGAUGAUCUAUGGGCUUAGUUUGACGUUUAAAUCAAGCGGUCAACAAAAAAAUACGCUCUCCCUACUCACCCCCUCUCCAUGCAGCCGCCGCAGCACCCAGGUGACUAUAUGUCCAUUCAUUCAAUCAUUCAAUCAUCGCGCCUUGACCACACCCCCUCGUGACGUGCAUGAAAGGUGCAGCCCAGACAGUUGAUGUCAACACACACAAACCUAACCACUUCUGCAUAUGGCACCUACAACCAGGAACCGCUUAUCCUCCAGUGCUGUCAUAUUCCAGAACUGCAACCUACCUGGAGUGACCAGAAAUACAAGAUGAUCAGUGCUCAGAGACAUGGCCAAGGUAAGGAAGGCUUAAACCUAACCACCACUGAACAAGACACUCAAGUUGAAACGUCAAGACUGGGCCAAGAAAUAUCUGAAGAGAGAUUUUUCAAAGGUUUCAUGGACUGAUGGGAUGAGAGUGACUCUUGACGGACCAGAUGGAUGGACCCAUGGCUGGAUCAGUAAUGGGCACAGAGCUCCACUUCGAAUCAGACGCCAGCAAGGUGGAGGCGGGUACUGGUAUGGGCUGGUAUUAUUAAAGAUGAGCUAGCUGGACCUUUUGUGUUAAAGAUGGACUUAAAAUCAACUCCCAAAUCCAAUGCCAGUUUUGAGAAGACACUUUCUUCAAGCAGUGGUACAGGCAAAAGUCUGCAUCUUUCAAGAAAACCAUGAUUUUUAUGCAGGACAAUGCUCCAUUGUAUGCAACAAAAUACCCCACUAUGUGGCUCGCCAGUAAAGGCCUUAAAAACGAAAGAAUAAUGACAUGGCCUCCUUCUUCACCUGACCUAAACCCUGUUGAGAACUUGUGAGCCCUUCUUAAAUGGGAAAUUUACAGUGAAGGAAGACAGUACACCUCUCUGAACAGUGUCUGGAAGGCUUUGGUUACUGCAACACAAACAAAAAGUUGAUCGUCAACAGAUCAAGAAACUGAAAGACUCCAUGAAUGGAAGGCUUAUGACUGUUAGUGAAAAGAAGGGUGGCUAUAUUGGUCACUGAUUUUUUUUUUUUUUUAUUUCAACAAUUUUUAUUUGUAAAUUGAGUUGUUUGUUUAUCAUUCUCACUUUAACAAGUGAAAAUAAACAAGUGAGAUGGAAAUUUUUUCAUUAUUAGUUUAGUUGCAUAAUAAUUCUGCACACUAAUAGCUGCCACCAGUAAUUGUGCACACAUAGAUAUUUAAAACUGGCCUUGACCCAUCCCUCUGUGCCAGUUUCAGACCCAUCUCAAAUCUUCCAUAUCUGUCCAAGAUUCUAGAGAAGGUGGUCUACAAUUAAUUGUUACCAUUUUUGGAAGAUAAUGGUAUCACAGUGUUGUUCCAGUCUGGUUUUAAAGCUCUCCACAGUACAGAGUCAGCACUUUUAAAGGUGUCAAACGAUAUUCUCAUGUCAACAGACUCUGGAAAGUUUGUUGUCCUUGUGCUCCUAGAUCUGUCUGCUGCAUUUGACACUGUUGACCACAGCAUUUUAAUCUCUCGCCUGGAGCACUGUGUGGGCAUUAAGGGUGUUGCCCUGGACUGGUUCCGGUCUUAUUUAAGGGAAAGAAGUUUCUGCGUUAAACUUGACAACUCUGUGUCGUCAACAGCUCCCCUCCCACAUGGGGUCCCCCAAGGCUCAAUCCUUGGCCCUCUUUUAUUUGCCUUUUAUUUACUCCCCCUUGGUUCUGUUUUUAGGAAACAUAGCAUCUCCUUUCAUUUUUAUGCUGAUGAUUCUCAGAUCUAUUUUCCACUUGAACAGAGCAACUCCAACUCAGUCCAGCAACUCACUGACUGUCUUAAGGACAUUAAAGCCUGGCUUUCUUUUAAAUUCCUCAGUCUAAAUGAGAUGCACGUCUCCUCACCCAGACCUGCAGGCGUGAGCACAUCACCCCCAUCCUGACAUCCUUACACUGGCUCCCUGUACAGUACAGAAUUCAUUUUAAGCUUUUAAUAUUUGUUUUUAAAAGCCUGAACAAUCUUGCUCCACCUUACAUUUCUGAAAUGCUCCAGCCUUAUUGCCCACCCCGACCCCUAAGAUCAGCCGAUCAGCUGCUACUGACGGUCCCAUAUACAAGGCUGAAGCUCAGAGGGGACAGAGCAUUUGCUGCUGCUGCUGCCCCGAAGCUCUGGAAUGAGUUGCCCUUGAAUAUCAGACAGGCCUCCUCAUUUCCUGUUUUUAAAUCCCUUUUAAAAACACACUUUUACUCCUUGGCUUUUGAUACUUUUUAGUGUUACUUUGUUUUUUAUCAUUUUAGCACCUGUCGUUAGCCUGCUUAUUUAUUUACUUAUUUAUCCCCUUGCAUUAAUGUAUUUCUGCUCACUUUAUCUUGUUCUUUGUGUUAUUUGUUUUUAUGUAUCAUUGUACAGCACUUUGGCUACCCUUGUGGUUAUUUUAAAAUGUGCUAUAGAAAUAAAGUUGAUUGAUUGAUGGAGUGAUUGAUUGAUUGAUUGAUUGUUUGAUUGAUUGAUUCUCCUAGGGAAGCCAAAAUCUCACUUUUACUCCCUUAAAUAUUCAGGUUUGAGGUUUAUCAACAUUUUGGAUUGACCGAGAGCACUGUAGUUGUUCAAAAGUUAAAUUUAUCCUCAAAAAUACAACUUGCCUAAUAAUUGUGCACACAGUGUAAAUGUAAAGCAUUGGUAUUGAGUAACAUUUGUUGCCAACAUGAGCUUUUGUACACCUGAUGGUAUAAGGACAGUGGAAGACUUCAUAUAAAUUAAAUUUCCAUGCAGACAUGGGUUUCCAUGCAGACAUGGAUUUCUGCAUUAUAAACACUUUUACUAAUGGCGAUGCUUCUCUAAGCACAAUUCUUCAUAAGUUAUCGGGAACUAUAUUCAUCACUGUCACCCCAAGACAGCCUGAAGAAACCAAAAGCAAAUCUACUGUGCUGUGAAAUCCCUGUCUGAAGAGAAUGGACAGUGAUUUUCACUAGAGACUCGCUAGAGUGAUCAUCUUUCUUGAGAUUUUGAACACAUGCAUCAUGAAGCUAAAUAGACCCUAAACUUUGCGGAAGGUUUGUAUUUUACAGCCAGAAUAAAGCAAUAACCACCAAUAGGUAUGCAAACGGAAGACACUUUGACUGUGAAAAAGGAAGUAACAGGCGGGGUAAUGGUCCCUGCGGUUGUACAAGGCCAAACAGGAGAAGCAGCUAUGUACAAAGUCACUAUCUGCUUAUGUGAGAAGAGACCCAGGCGACAGAGGGAGGACGUGGUUUGGAAUUAAAAGUCAACACCUUGGGAGAGAAACACUGAACUGUGUCAGGCCUGGCAUAAAGAAUUACUUUGCUAGUCUUUAGGGUUGUUGUUUUGUCAAGACGCCUGAGAAAGGACUGAAAACCAAAACUUAAGGUUGAUCUUGCAAGACAAACAAAAUAAAAAGUUCAGAAUCUGUGUAGCUUUUGAUUGUAGCACGAUGAAGCCUUUAUCUUUCCACAUCAUCUCUGACAAGACUCUGCUGAGUGUCUUCCUGACUCUUCUCUGGGUAAGUUUUUCUGUAAGCUUAUAUGUCAGUAGUCCUCAAAUAAUGAAUGAUCAAUCCAGUGAAGAGGGUAACCCUCAACAGAAGGAGACUAAACCACAGUUAAGAUUCCCCUCAUGAUACCACUCAUGACAAAGUUUAGACAAUAGAAUCAGUUGUUUGGAAUAUAAGUAGCCUUAUUACAUAAAAACAGACUUCCUUAACCUAAGGACGAUGGAUUUUUUUCAGAUUGUGAAAUAGUUACAUGAGAAUUUAUUAUUUCUCAGCAGCAGUAAUAUUUUCUCACUGUCUUCCUCAGGGGAACAAACUUUUAAGAGGAAAUGGCUUUGAAUAAAACAUUAACAAAAGCUGUGCAUUCAGCAUUAAUAAUUAAUCUUUAAUUUUAGACAGCGUUCCGUGGCUUGAAAUUUUUAUACCAGUCCUUGCUUUUUGAUAGGAAAAAAAAGUUAUAAGUUUGUAGUUAUAAUUUGGUAAAAAAAAGUGUAGGUCGUGGGAGAUGUAUUUUGUCAGCAUGGUCCAAAAAUAUCUGAACUCAAUAAAUGGGACUUUCUGUCAUUUUGAAAGACAGUGGUUAGCAGUAGCUUCUGUGUCACUCUUUUGCCAACUUCUUUUAGUUUUGUAUCUGGGGUGUUUUAACUUUAACAUGAUAAUUUAGAGGCCGAGGUAAAAUAAAGACAUUUCUGAAACAAUUUCAAGAAUUAUUUUGUGGUCAAUUGUACAUUCAAGGUCACAACAACAAAUAUAUGUUUCUGUUAGAGGAUUUAAAAACCUGCCAAUAAGCCUGUUCACUUUUUAACAGGAUUUAACAUUAUAACAGGGUCAAACACCUCUAAAUAGUAGUGUUGUCCUAAACUUUGACAUAAGUUGACAUUUAAAGGUUGGUAGAUAGAGUAUGAUAUGAACAUUGCAUGGUAUAGUGACAAUUCUUGAAGACACAGAGAAUUUACACUGAAGUUUUCCCAACCUUGUAGACUGUACAGACCAAUGAAUGUGUCUGCAACACUGGGACUGUUUUAGUUUUACAGUGUUUAAUUUUGUCUUUAGGGUGUCGCUGACUCUAAUGCAGAAUCAACACCAGGCACAUCAUCAACCACAGUGGUAACAACAGCACCGAUAACUACAGUUUUAACUGCACUCAAACGUAAGUGAGAAUUAUGUGAACAAUCUUGAUACACUGCUUUCAUAUACAACAUUCACAAUAGAUGCCAUUUAUGAGAUAUUCAAAAUAAAAUUUGCUUUAGAGAUUGUAUACAAAACCAAAGAUACAAUAGAGAUUUGAUGAUUUCAUCCAUUCAGGGGAACUAACUAACUUUUUAUGUAUCCUAGGGCCUCGUAAUGUGAACGAUUUUAAAUACAUAGAUCAAAAUGAGACCAGUAUAACUCUACAGUGGACUAAAGUGGAAAACGACCACUAUGAAGUUGAGUAUAAUUCAGGAAGUGAGAGCUUCACUGUAUCAGAGGAAACAGUGACAAGGACAAUCUCAGAUCUCAUAGAUACGACUGAGUACAUCUUCACUCUCUUCACUUUAUUUGAAGAUGACAGAAGCACCGGAGUGAGCAUCAGAGCAUUCACUGGUAAGAGAAUGAUUUUCCUCUCUGGUUGCCAUUAAACAGAAUCCAUAACCAAAUACACAGAUUUAAAGAUGUGUGGAUUUCUUAUGACCUUGCUUUAUUUGUUUUUGAAAGUUUUACAGAAAUGCAAGCUCUCAUCUGUUGUUGUUGCUUUGAUAAUAUUGAAUUUGCAUGAGCAUGCUUGAAAAAAAAAACAUUAAAAAAACUGAAAAUGUUGAACACUGGAUUUUAUGUACUUCUUAAUUAAACCCCAGAUUUUAACAGUUUCUUCGCCAUGUUGUUUUUCAUCCAAGCUCCUCCAAAUCCAGACGGCCUAAUAAUACUUGGACAAAACCAGGCCAGUAUAACCUUGCAGUGGAAGAGAGUGGCUAAUCUCAGCUACAAACUAGGGUUCAAUGAGACAUUCCUGGAGGAAAUUCCUGCUGUAGAAGGUCAAGCAACGGUGACAAAAACAAUCCACGGACUCACAAGGGGGACUAUAUACAACUUGAGUCUCUUUGCUGUGUUUCAUAAUAUCAGCAGUAGUGGACUUCGCUUCACUGUAGUCACAGGUAAACUGAUUCUAAUCCGUUAAAGGCUUACAAUAUAGUUCAAAGUGAUAAAAACAAACUAUCAUCAGUCAUAUUAUCAUUACUAACUUUAAGAUAUCAUGACCUCUAUGAGGUUGAAAACUGCUGAAGUGUAAUAUGAUGUCAGCAAUAUCUUGUCAGCUUUCAUCUUAUACAAGUAAAAAUUCAUGCUGUUUGUCAUGUUGCUGUACUCUCCAGCUCCCGGUGAUGCAGAAAAGUUCAACGUAGCUGGACAAAAUGAAACCAGCAUCACUCUGCAGUGGGAAAAGGUGGAUGGCCUACCUGAUUACACAGUCAUGUUCAAUGAAAAUAAAGAAAACAUCAACUCACCAGGAGGAGAUUCAAUGGUGACAUUCACAGCCUCUGGACUUCAGAGUGGGACGAAAUAUGAAUUUCGUGUGUUCACUGUGUUUGAAAACGUCACAAGCAGUGGGGUGACGUUUACGGCAGUCACUGGUAAGACAUUUUCCCCCUGGUAGCCUACAUCUGAAACAAGAGCUUGGUGAGAACUGUGUGUAAAAUGUAAUCUAAAUUUUCAAUGUAAACACAAGGUUAGUGCUCUCUAUUACUGACUGCAGCAGAUUAAGUAUUUAGAUUACAUUAUGAAUCCUUUAUUUAGAGCUGUAUUUUUUCCAAAAAUGUAACCCUGCCCUUCUUUUCUUUACAAUUUAGUUCCUCGCAACACAGAUAAGAUAAACCCUGUUGAACAAAAUGAAACCACCAUCACUCUGGAGUGGACUAAAGUAGAGGGCAUAUUCAAUUACACCCUUGAGUAUGAUGGAAAUAAGAUUAACAUCCCUGCAUCAGAGGGAACUAAAGUGACAAUCUCAGAUCUCACUAAUACGACUAAGUACAACUUCAUCCUCUUCACUGUGUUUGAAGAUGUCAAAAGCAGUGGAGCUCACAUCUCUGCAGCUACUGGUGAGAAUUUGUUUGUCUUCUAUGAUAUUACAUUUUUUUAUGACAUUGACUAUUAAUAAAAUCAAGGAAAAGAAAAUUGUCUAUCAUAAUUAGAGUAUCUGGUUACACUUUCAUAACUGUGUCUCUUUAAAUCUCAGCUCCUCCAAAUACAGAAAACUUUGGUCCAGUUGACCAAAACGAGACCAGCAUCACUCUGCGGUGGGAAAAAGUGGGUGAAAUCCUUAAUUAUGAACUAGAGUUUGAUGGAAAUGUGACGAACAUCACAGCACCAAAAGAACAUCAACAGGUGACAACGACUGUCCCUAAACUUGAAAGUGGGACUAAAUACACUUUCAGAGUUUUUGCUCUGUUUGAAAAUGUCAGAAGCAGCGGACGAAACUUAGUUGCAGCCACAGGUGAGACGUUUUCUUCUUUAUAGGCUUACAACCAAAGCUCUGUAAAAACAAGAGAGUGACUGAACUCUUUCAACUGUUUCUCAUACUGUUUCUUAACACCUUACUUUUUUUUGGACAGGGAGUUAAAAAAAAGGGACACAAAGCUGAAAGUUUAGAAGUGUGACCAAACAUUGUCUCAGCCAAUCCAUCUUAUUUUAUUCAUAAUUAAUGACUUGUCAAUGUUAAAAGUGUCUAACACAGGAGUGAUUGUUUGGGCUUUGUGAUUGAAGAGUUGUAUUAUUGUUUGGUGGUGAGUGAAAGCUUUUUGUCUCUCGGUUAGUUCCCUUGAAGGUGACUUCUGUCAAAGUUACUCGACGCUCUGUGAGGGCUGUAACCCUGGAGUGGACAAGUUUGCGGAGAGACUGGAGCUACUCUCUCCACAUAAAUGGGGAGUCUUACAAACCAAGUGUAUUUGGAGGUGUUGUGGAGUGUGUAGUUCGUUCUCUCGAUCCUGGGACAGUGUAUCCAUUCAGUGUGACCACAACUUUCUUUGGACACAGCAGCGAAGCUUAUGAAGAUUUUACAGUGACAAGUAAGUUCAGAGUUGUUGCCUUGAAGGAGAUUUUUCCAUUGAGUUAAACUACUGUUUUUUGUGUAAACUGAUACAAAUUAUACAAGUCAUAGCUCUGAAAAAGUUGUGUUUUCACUAAGUUUUGUGCAAUUAUUUUGUCAUUCAUUUCAGCCAUACACUGUGCAAGUGGAGACUGGCAAGUCACCAACUCAACAAUCACAGGAAUGAUUAAUGGCGAGUUUACAAAUGCAACAGCAUCAAACAAAUCAGAAACUCAUACCAGUACUGGGAGUGGGAACGUGUCAUUUACUGGUCUUUACCCCGGAGAAACCUAUGAGGUUGAACUGGUACUUGAGAAAGACUCCAGAAGCUUUAAUCAAUGUGACGACACAUUUACUAUCACCACCAGUAAGUACCAACCUGUUCCACCAUAUUAACUCAGUGUUUGUCUGCAUUUUUACUGAGACCUAUGUAUUUCUAUGUUUGUUUAUGUACUGUACAUAUUUGAAAAAUUAAGGUCUGUUUUGUUGCAUAUGGAUAGUGAGAGCUGUGAAUAGAUGAGCUGUCAUGUAAUAAGCAAUAUUUGACAUGUUCCUAAAAUCAACAAAUAAACCCCUAAGGAAACAUUGGUGCUCCUCAGUAAAAUAGCCUUUUCUCACAUUAGUGCAAGACUGUUAUUUAUUACGCUUCUGUAUGGGCCUUAAUGAUGUACUUUUUUGACAUUUGGUACACUUUGAAAAACUCCUAUCAAACCUCAUUGUGUUUAGUACAUACUGCACAUGCAUUGAUUUUUAUGUGUUUGAAAAAUGAGACAUUUACUCACUGUUGGUGGAGCUAUUUUCUUAUUGUCUCAUAAAUGUUUUUUUCCUUCUGUUUCCCGCAGUCCCUCCAGUUGUUGAAGCUUACUGUGAGUACAGUGGAUCUGGAUAUUCUGCUUUAAUUGGCUGGAAUGAACCACCAGGCAUCUGGGAUUCAAUGAAGGUUGUUAUGAGUGGGGAAAUUCGCACAAUACCUUCCGAUAUGGAUCCAACUGUCAUAAUAUUUGGAUUUCAACCUGCAAAAACGUAUAAAGUGCAUGUCACUACACGAUCCCGAGAAAGACAAUCUCCAGAGUUUGUUUUUUCAUGUUCUACUGAUCCAAGGGGUGAGUGUAAAAUGUUACUAAUGCUCUGUAAAAAUACAACCUCAUUGUGAUUUAUUCUUAAUUUUUUAUUACAAUAUUUGUUAUCAGGGCUUCAGACUUGCUCCGUCUAUCAUUCUAGAAGGGAAAAAGGAUAAUGUCACUGUCAUAUAAAUGGGAACCACUCUAAUCGCAUAUCGAAUUUCUGUUACAGAGAAUUUACUUUGAAGUUUUCUCUUUGCAGGGGUCAUUGCAAGGUCAGUUAUUGGUGUGCUUCUUUUUGUUGCUCUGGUUGCCUUCAUUUUGUUUAAGAGACCAGAUCUAAUCAGGUUGGUUCUGCCUCAGCGACUAUAGUCAGAUUAUCCUACUCUGAACUCUGCUGAAUCAGACUAAAUUACUGGACCUUGUUUCUAUUUCCUGUAGGCGAAACAAACCAUUUAUCAGCGGUACCGAACAAAACAAUAAAAAGUCCAAGUAAGUAUAGAUUGAAUAUUCUCUAAAGUAAUCAUCUCUUAAUUUAUACUACACUUUCAGUCUCUUGGUCUUGUAUAGCACUGAGUUCCACCAAGUUUAUUUAUGUCAGCCUUUGUUCUGUACUGAUUGUAUAUGCUCAUUUUCCUACCUGUCAUAAUAUAUUGAAAGUCACUGACAUAACAAAUUAGUUUUUUUUUUCCCCAGGACUAUCUCUGUGGAUCAGUUUCCCGACCAUUUCUACCAGUUAAGUGCAGAUGCAAACAGAGGUUUCAGCGAGGAAUAUGAGGUAUGCAAAAAAAGCUUAUUGUUCCUCAUUUUUCUUCCAGUAAGAAUGCAAAACUUCCUGUUUUAGUUAAGGUAUCAAUUUGUUAUCUUUCGACCUUUGUUUCAAUCACCUGCCAUGCUAUCCAUCAACCUUUGUACAGAACCUCGCGCCUGUAGGCACUGAGCAGACUCGCAAAGAAGCUUGUCUCCCUGAAAACAAACCAAGGAAUCGUUUCAACAACGUCCUUCCGUGUAAGCCACCCUUUGACAGCUGCGUCAUGCAAUAAUGACCAUAAAUGCUCAUGAAACUGUCUAGAUACACUGACUCAUUCCAUUCUGGAUCUUUAUUUGUUGCGGCGCAACACAAUUAAGCCAUAUAUUAUUUUUUUUAUCCUAGAUGACUGGUGUCUAGUGAAGCUAACUUCAUUGGAUGCAGAUGGGAUGUCAGACUACAUCAAUGCCAAUUACAUGCCUGUAGGUAUCCCCUUAUGACUAACAAUCAUAAAGUGAAGGUGUUUUAACAGUAAUUGAACACCACCAUACCUACAUGUCCAUCCAAUAUCCAUUACGUUUUACCAAAAUAAGCUCUAGCUUUUAAGACCAAAUUUUAAAAACCAACAUCACUAAUAAUUCCAUCAAUGAGGGAAGCUGCCAAGGUUGCACCAAUAUUCAUUUGUGUUCCACCAUUGUCCUGUCAGGGCUACAACAGCAGCAGAGAGUACAUUGCCACUCAGGGUCCUUUGCCCUCCACUGUCAAUGACUUCUGGAGGAUGAUCUGGGAGCAGAGAGUGAAAGGCAUUGUCAUGGUAACCAACUGCAAAGAGAGUGGAAAGGUGAGUCCUGGUAGAGGCUAAAUCUUUAAAUGGCAGAUUUUAUAGGCAGUGCAGAUUUAAAUAUUGUGAGCUGUUGUGAAUCAUUUGCUUUAUUGACUCACAUUCUCACAAAUGGCAAACGUCAAUAUGUCCUGUUGUUACCUCCCAUUUUGAUCGAUUGCUUUCUACACACUUUAAUGAGUUUGAGACCCUUUUUUAAAAAUGUGUACCGAUUGUGUUUCCCCAGACCAAGUGUGAACAAUACUGGCCUGGAGACCAAAGACCUGUCCUGUGUGGAGAGCUUUUAGUCACCAUGACAAAUGAACAGCAGGAGCCUAACUGGACACUGAGGGAAUUUACGUUGAAACAUGUAUGUAAACAUAUAUAAAAUAUUUAUGAUGUACAUAAACAUGAUGGGCAACAACAGAGUUAAAUAUUUAAAUAAAAAUAGUAAUGAUGUUUAACUCGAUCUCCUUCAGAGCACAAAUAAUCAGAAAUAAAAAGGUUUAAAUACAGUUUGUUGAAAUUGUCAGAAUAGCUGGUUUGUUAACAAUUGAUUUCCAAGAGGAUGUUUGACUCCUUAAAUUAACAUUCACUUGGUUAGAAUUUUAGACUUACAGUAUUUUCACUCCACAAUGUAUUUCUUUUCCACAGAAAAACUACUCAGAGGUGUGCAAAGUGAAGCAUUUUCACUUCACAGCCUGGCCUGACCACAGAGUCCCGCAGGGCACAGAGGUCCUAAUCCAGUUCAGAGGACUGGUGAGACAGCACAUUGAAAGAGAAGGGACUGGAGCACCUACUGUGGUUCACAGCAGGUACACAAUAGAAAGUUCCUGAUCAUCUGCAAAGGCAUCCAUUUUAUGGCUUUUUUUUUGAGUCGCAUGAUGAAAAAAAAAACAUUCGCUUCAACACCACAAGGAUUACCUGACAAGCAUUUCUGGCGAGAAUAAGAUGGCUUUUUUCCCCCUUGUCUCUUUUAGUGCUGGAGUUGGGAGGACAGGCACGAUCAUUGCCUUGGAUGUUCUUCUUCAGCAGCUUGAGAAAGAGCGUGCAGUGGGCAUUUACUCUUUUGUGCACAAAAUGAGGCUGAGCAGACCAUACAUGGUGCAAACAGAGGUAAAAACCUCCCUGAGGUUUUAUUUCCUUGAUGAGAUACCUAAGCAGGGGCCUGCUUUGCUUUUGUUUCUGCUACCUUUAAUUAACCAUAUGUAAAAGUUGAAUUUUAAUAUUGAGGUGCAUUUGCAUCCUCUAAAAGAAUAAGUUUAUAUUGCAAUCUUUACUGGCCCAUUUUCACUCAAUCUGAUCAUGUGAUAAUCAUCUAAUGUGUAAACACACAGAUGACCACGCAUGAAUAAAUAAAUAAAUGAAUAAAUGUCAUAUUUCUGAAGGCUUGCAUACUGCUUGUAUAAAUAAAAAUUUAUCUUUGUUUGCAGUUGAUUGUGGUAAACCAGUUGAGGCUGUGGUUAAAUGCACAAAAGAAAGCGCUAGGCAGAUCAUGAUGUGUUUAUUGCACCCCUUGCUCACAGUUCUGCUUUUGAAAUAACCAGCUGCUGUGGUUUCCUUUUUUCAGUCCCAGUAUGUUUUCUUGCACCAAUGCAUCAUGGACUCUCUGCAUCAAAAUGAGAACAGCGAAGAGAACAUUUAUGAGAACGAGGACAUCAUGUAUGUGAAUGCUACUGCACUCCGAGAGUUUCGGAGUGCACAAAGGCACCCAAGCCUGAGUUGA